AUGCCAGUGGCGAAGCAGCUGGGGGAGCCGACGGAGCAGGCCAGCGUGUACGCCCCAGACAGCAAGGCUGGGAAGAUGGGGGUACAGUUCUCGGACAUGUGCGUUGGAGACGCGCUGGACCUGGAGGUCGGGGGGUUCAUCGGGGGGUUCAUCGGCAUGCAGACGGUGGACCAGAACGAAGGCGAGCCCGCGCUCGAGGAGAAUGGCGUUGGCAGGGGCUCGGACCCCGCGCUGCUGGAGGUGGUCGAGCAGGCGUUGGAGCACGGCAGCGACGGCGCGGACGACGUGCGGCGAUGGCUCGCCGAAUGGUCGCACACAGCCCACCUGUGCUCACUGCAGGACCACGUGGGCGAGCAACCUGUGGAGCUGCCCGUCGGCUUGGAGGCGUCGUACAAGGUGGAGUUCGCAGGGUCAGCCUUGUCGGACAACUGUUCCCACGAGGAGGCGUCCGAGCGCCAGGCCGCCCGCAGCGGGGACUGCAAGCCGACUGCGCUGGCGCCGAGGGCGCGUGGCGCCGAGGCGCUGGUGGAGGCGCCCGAGGGGGCCUCGAAGGGUGUGCGCUGGGCUGCUGCCCUCGAAGAGAUCACCCAGCAGGUGGUGCCCGAGGUUUCGGCGGCGUCGGAGGCCCCGACGGAGGCCCACCAGCUCAUUCUCGGCGCCGCUAUGCUGGCGAGGGAGGCCCUCCAGCGUGGCGACAUCGCCGAGGGCCUUCGGCUGCUGGAGGCGGCUCAGGAGAGGCGCCUGGUGAGCUAG